AUGGGCGAUACAAGUCUUCUUCGCCUUAUUGGCGUGCGUAAAACCAACGAUCCCUGGGUUUUUGAGGGCGUUUCACUGCCCGGCCGUGCUGGCAAUUUGCAGCCGAUUGCGUAUGGGGGUUGCGCGGUCGGAACGGCUAUUAUCUCUGCCGGCCACACGUUUUCACCAGAGGCGCGGCUUGUGCCGUACUCGGUGGUCGGACAGUUCCUUGGCCCUGCGUCACUCUCACAGCCAUUUGUGUGUUAUGUCACGCCUAUGCGUGAUACACGCACCUUUGUCACUCGCCAUGUCAUUGUCAAGCAACGCAGCAAAAAGGGUGACCUCCGCUCGGUGCUCGCACUGACGCUCGACAUGAUUGCUUCGCCGAACUCGACCAAGGCCGCGCUCGAAAAGAGCCGUGCUGAGAACAAGCAUCCCGCUGCAGUGAACUCCGUGUUGCACUACCAGCCGAAGCCGAGGAAGCCCACCAACAAUGUAGAGCAGCUGAUGGACCCCGAUACGUAUGUGGCAAUGCGUAUCGAAAGGGGCGAAGUCGAUGAAAGCGUCGUUGGCAUUUACCAAGACUUCCUCGAUCUCUGGAGCAAGCUGUUUGAGGGCAGGGUUGUUGAGGACAACAUACUAUCCGAGAACUUUAUGGGCAUGCUCAAUACCGACACCUCCCAGGACGGAUUGCCGCUCCUCGAGCGUCGGUCCUGGGAUUGGUUCCGUGCACGUGAACCUCUUUCCAAGAAUAACGGCUCCGAGACCAUGUCGGAGGCCAGCCCGGAUGGCCUGCUGCCCGUUUCUAACACGAUUGCGCAGACGGCGUGCCUUGCACUGGCUAUGGAUGGAAUGCUUGCAUUCAUGCCGCUGUCUAUGGCCAAGUUAAACCUCGCAGCUGCAUCGGCUGCAUCGAGUAUGGACUUUGCGUUGCGUUUGCAUUCCGACGUGUUUGAUAUGAACGCAUGGCACUUACGCGAGGCUAGGCCGGUUGCUGCGGGCUGGCAGCGUACGUUCACCGAGGCCAUGCUGUACGACGAGGAGGGGACGCUGAUUGCGAGUGCCUCGCAGCAGUGUGUCCUGCGUCCUGCCGAGGGCGAGCCAAACGCGAAGAUGUGA